CGCAAGGUGUCAUGCUGAGCGGACGUGUGUGUAACUCCAAUAUUAUGAUGAUGUGAACUCGCGAGUAGUGGAUGUGUUAACAGCUUCACUCGGACACGAUAAGCAAUAAAAUAGUUUAUAGGAUAGUGAAUCACUGAUCGUGCAGUUACAAAGUGUUGUGGGAAAGUGAGUUUGUUAUACUGUAAAGUGUGAGGGAAGUUUUUUAGUGACAAUAAUAGUUUCGGCAGAACAAAAUAGUUUUGGAUAGAUAACAGAGGAUGCGUCCAACGGACUGGACUUCGACUGCGAUACCGCCGUACAACGAAUGGAUGAGACAGCGCUGAACCAUGGGCCGGUCGUUGGUAGAGAUGCGCGCUAUCGGCUACCGACUUCAGGUCGGCCUGGUGGUGCUGGUCAUCAUGGUGCUUGGAGUCUUCAAUGAGAGCCAAGGGACCGCUCACUACGGCGAGGACAGCGUCGGUUCAUUCCCAUACUUCGAGUACAACGUGCCGAGAAACGUAACAACUGUGGUUGGACAGACCGCAUUCCUGCACUGCAGGGUCGAACAACUGGGUGACAAAGCGGUCUCCUGGAUCCGAAAAAGGGAUCUUCACAUACUGACAGCAGGGAUAUUGACAUACACAUCGGAUCAAAGGUUUCAGGUCAUCAGGCCGGAUAAGUCCGAGAACUGGACACUCCAGAUUAAGUUCCCCCAGGAGAGGGACGCUGGCAUCUACGAGUGCCAGGUCAACACGGAGCCGAAGAUGUCCCUGGCAUUUCAGCUCAACAUAGUUGAAGCGAAGGCCCACAUCCUGGGCCCGGUAGACCUGUACGUGAAGACCGGCAGCUCGCUGUCGCUCACGUGCAUCCUGAGCCAGGGUCCGCACGACCUCGGCACUAUAUUUUGGUAUAAGGGAUCAAAACUAAUAGAGUAUAAGGAACUAGAAGAGAACGAGAUAUCGGAGGAGCCACGGUUGAGACUGACCACGGAUUGGACUGAGCAGCUCACGUCGAAACUGACAAUAGAGAAGCUUCUGCCCAGCGACAGCGGUAACUACAGCUGCGUGCCAACUAUGGCCGAAGCGGCCUCCGUGAAUGUACACGUCAUAAACGGUGAGCACCCAGCAGCAAUGCAGCACGGCAACGCUAACACGGCAUCGCCGUGCGCCCUAUCCGUGAACCUGCUGGUCUCAUUGUACUGCACACUUGCGACAUUAUACACUGGGACAGUGGACGGGUUCAGAUGAAAACUACACAACGCUCGUGCUUAAAGCCAAUCCCUAAUUGGGAGACACAUUUGUAAAUUGGUAGAGAAUUUUCUAUGGUGCAAUAAGGUUUCAGCGGUCGGCGUUAAUAAAAUAUGUAUUUAAUUCUUUAAAAUUAAGUUUUUUGUAAAUGUGUUUGCUGUUCUUUUAUAUACACGUUUCUCUACCUUUUUUGAAUAUGAAAUAGAAUUGAUUUAAUCUAAAACUGCAACGCACGGCAUGCUAACACUGCAUCGCCGUGUGCACGAUCCGAGAACUAUCUUCGUACUGCACAAUAGCGCACUUUACACUGGGAGAGCGUGUAGUGGGCAGAUCUUACUGUAUUGUACACUAGAUAUACUAUACACUGAGACGUGUGGACGGAUUCAGGUGAAGACUAAACAAUGUGCGUGCUUAAAGCAAACCCAUAAUAGGGAGACACUGUAAAUUAUUGGUAGAGAAUUUUGUAUGGUGCAAUAAGAUUAAGUUAUUUCCUUAAAAGCCUAGAACGUGUCUCCAUCUCACUUUACUUCAAGUAUGAUUUGAGUUCAGGUCCGUAAGGGUCUCUUUUGGCUGCAUUCAUUAAUAAGGUGAAAAGAGAUUUCAUAAUCCCAUAAUAUACAUACAUCGUAAGCGACCAAAUCGUAAUUUUACUGAUCUGAUGAUAAUAAUGUUUCUUUCUUCAGAAAAACAUGUAUUUUUUAUUAUCCUUUUUCAAUAAAAUUAAAGUGAACAGUUUUACGCAGCUUCGCCUCAAAUUAUACCGAAAUGUCAAAUUUUUUUUUUUAAAUUUUGCAAUAAACAUCAUAAUUUAUGUAAUUAUUAUAUAAAGGUCUUAUAAAAUGCGACGUAGCAGGCAGGAAAUGCUCUAAACAGCCUCCCUAAGAGCCUAAUUAUCCCUCGGGGUCAUAUCUUUCUGCUAAGUAAUAGCUCUGGAUAAACAAGCCAGAGGUCUCCUUCCCUAGCUGAAAUUACGAUACGCUAUAUUUUGGAGUACCGUAAACAUUGUAAGCAGAUAGCAAACACGCUUUAACGGGUAUUUUUUGGGACAAGACACUCAUUAGUAUCGUUGUCAGGCUAGUAAUAGACCCUAAUGUUGGGAUGAAGGCUUUUGCCAAAGUUCUUGUAUGUAGGAAACAUGUCAUAUAAGUAAUCCGAGGACUCGGUUAAUUGGUUGGUGAUAUAGAUUUUAUAAAUACACAAGAAUUUCAUUAAUUAAGCCUUUAAUGGAAACCUACAGGUGUACUAUAAAAAUAGUAUUAUUUUUAAAGUAAAACUUUUAUUACAUCGAGAUAUUUGUUUUCGUUCAAAUUUAGCAUGUUACAUUAUAUCUUUAAUUGUUAUGAAACAAGCAUUCGAUGCUCAGUAAUAGAAAGCGCGCCUGCUACGAAGGAAGCCUGGGUUCGAUUCCGAGUCGAGAAAGAACUUUUUUCUUUUUUCACCUGCAUCAUGGUUUCAUAAAAUCACACCAAUUUUUUUAUAUAAAUAUAAAAUUUUAUUAUUUUCAUUAUUUAUUUAAUUUUUUUUUUCAAUAUCAACUUUUUCAAAAUAUUUUUACAUCAUCUUAAAGCCCUUCGUAUUCCACGUCUUUUGAGCUCUCAUAGGUCCAAAAAACAUUUUCAGUUUUAAUAAUCUCUAAGGGGAAGUUGACUUAAGUGAUGAUGACACUUACAACAGAGUGCAGUGAAAUAUCAGUAUCAGACACUCGCAAAAGACAAGGUACAUGGUAGCAUUCCCAUAAAUUACUCUGAUAAUAAUCCUUUUUUUUUUCAUUUUCUUACAAACGAAUGCUUCUUUUAGCACGCACCUUCUUCACAUUUAUUAUUAACGCCAUCUGCUGACAGUGUGUGAACAACGUAAGUAAGUUUCUUUUGUGUAUCAAUAGAUUGAAACGAUGUUUAUAGAAUACGGCAACAAGACAGCUGUGUAAUAUAUAUGUAAUAAAAUCGAAAUAAAAUUACUGAUUCGCCGAUUGAUGCUAAUAAUGUUUAGGUACAGUUUUGAUUUAUAAAAAGUGCUUUAUUGUAUUUUCCGAUAAGGCACCUAAUUAAAAGAGGAAAUAAAUGUACUUAGAUAUGUUUUUGAACCAGAAAUUGCAUACUUUUUUGUAAGUGUAUGUGUGUAAUUUUAGAUUCACGAGUGUUGGUUUUUUUUAAAGCAGUAUUUCAAUUCAGUGCAAAGCAUAUUAAUUUUCUUCGUAUUCUAGUGAACGAAUGAGUUGAUAUCAAACUGUACCUAUCUCUGUAAUUAACCUUUAUCUGCGAAGGAAUCAUGUAAAUAAUACUCUAAUUAAAUUUUAGGUAGAAAUCGAAAUGAGAGGCUAACGAUAACAAGAACGCUUUCUUGUUUACAACUUCUUUUGUUUACCCUCGUCUUUUGACCUGGAGUUCAUAUAGGGGCAAAUACUGAAGCCAUGUUGUAUUAACAUUUUGUUCCGGGGUCUUUGAGUCUUAGCAAUUAUUAUUGAAUUUUAUAAAAAUAUGCCUUUGUUUUUGAGGUCAAUACGCAAAAGUAAAGUUCUUCAGGGUAAGCCCGCUAUACCGUAGAUCCCAUCUCAGCAAU